UCAUCCUGUGAUCCACGCUGUUUAAUGUGUGCGUGGCAGUGACGUCACAGAGGAGGAGUCAGGUGCGCCUCUCUCUCUCAGACUGUUGGAUCCUCUUCAGAUCAGCGCAUGCCUUUACUUUGGAGCACUUUACGAGAAUUUAACCAACAGGAAUAAUCAACGCCAACUUCUAUGCAGCCGGUCUAGUUUUAGAAAGUUUGUUUUCACGCUGUUAAAGUGGUCAAUGUGUCUUGAUUUUCUGCAAGUGCUGUUGAGCUCCUAACAGGUGUUGGGGCACGCCGCCCGGAGAGGAAACAUGUCCAAUGGGAAAGACGCAAAUGCUCCAAAAAACUCCACACAGAUGACUCUGAAGGAAAGCCUGGAUGAGUGCAUGGAGGCAUUGGAUCUCUUCCUUAACAACCACUUCAGUGAGAGCCUGGAGAAGCUGCGGCCAAGAGUGAAUGAGAGCAUGUACCAUGCUCUUAUCUACGCCACAGUGCUGGAAAUGCAGGCCAUGAUGACUUUCCAGCCUGAUGACAUCAGCAAUGCAGGAAAUACCAUGAAGAGUGCCCAGGAGGUCUGCCAGAGGUUUCGACGGAAGUCCCCUGGUUUGUCCAGCAAGUCAGUAGGGGAAUCACUCACUGAAGAGCAGCUUCACGCUGAAGUGUGUUAUGCAGAGUGCCAACUCCAAAGAGCUGCUCUCACCUUUCUACAGGAUGAGAACAUGGUGAGUUUUAUCAAAGGGGGGAUCAAAGUACGAAACAGCUACCUAAUCUACAAAGAACUGCACUCCUUCAUAAAAUCCAACAGCUGUCUCAAAGGACCCAGCCACAUUCACUUAGAGGGAGGAAUAUCAUUUGGAAUAGGGGCAUUUAAUCUGACACUCUCUCUAUUUCCUCCCCGCAUACUCAAAGUUUUGGAGUUUGCAGGCUUCUCUGGAGACAAGGAAUAUGGGCUGUCUCUGCUGCAUGAUGGUGCGACAGGAAUGAACCUGCGCUCCAUGCUGUGCGCGCUGCUGCUGCUCUGCUACUACACCUUUCUCACAUUCAUACUAGGUAGUACAGGCGAGGGGGAGGUGACUGAAGCUGAAAGUCUGCUGAAACCUUUCCGUCUCCGCUACCCACGGGGAGCAAUAUUCCUCUUCUUUGCAGGCAGGACUGAGGAGAUCAAGGGGAACAUUGAUGAGGCAGUGGCUCUGUUUGAAGAUGGCUGCAAGGCCCAGCAGGCGUGGAAGCAGUUCCACCACAUGUGCUACUGGGAGCUGAUGUGGUGCUUCACCUACAAGCGUGCAUGGAAGAUGGCGUACUUCUACGCAGACCUACUGAGCCAGGAGAGCCGCUGGUCAAAGGCCAUGUAUGUUUACAUGAAAGCUGCUUACCUCAGCAUGUUGCCCGAAGACGAGUCCAGGCCUUUUGGAGAGGACGAGGUAGAGCUCUUUAGACAAGUGCCCACCUUCAAGCAGAAGAUAGCAGGGAAGUCUCCCCCGACGGAGAAGUUUGCUAUCCGUAAAGCCAGACGCUACAAGGCUCGCUGCCCAAUCAGGCUACCAGUUCCAGUGCUGGAGAUGAUGUACAUGUGGAACGGUUUCAGUAUGAUCAGCAAGCGACCAGAGCUGACUGAAGGCAUGAUGCAGACUCUGGUGGAGGCAGAGCGCACCCUGCUGGAAGCUCCUGACAAUGAGUAUUCUGUGGAUGACCGCUGUCUGAUCCAGCUGCUGAGGGGUCUGUGUUUGAAGAACCAGGGCCACCUCCAGGCUGCCGAGGAAUGCUUCAACAAAGUCUUCUCCAGUGAAAAGAAGAUCAGGUUUGACCACUACCUGGUGCCGAACACUCUGGUGGAGCUCAGUCUGCUCUACAUCGACCAAGGCAGAAGGGACGAGGCCAUCAAACUGCUACACAAGGCCAAACACAACUACAAGGAAUACUCGAUGGAGUCUCGCACACAGUUCAGGAUCCACGCUGCUCUGGCCAAGCUCAAGGCUGACCCCGGAGAGGAGGAGGACACUCACAUGUAGAGGACAUUUCUUCAUGACUGGAAGACUCUUCACACUGGACUCUACUUUCCUCUUUUAACUUGAUACCCAGUUUGUUUUUUAACAUAUAUAGACUUUUAACAAGUGACUGCUGGGUAUUUUAUCACUCAGCUUUACCUUUUUAAUGUCUACAAGAACAUAUCAAUGGACACAUAUCAGGUUUUACAUUUGGCAUUUUGAGCUGAGGGACAGUGUAUUAUUAGACAUUUUAUGGAUGUUUUUCUAGGUUUACAUUGAAAUUAAAGGACACUACAUUUUAAUCAACAAUUGAUUUAAAGCCACUAUAAAUAUUCAAAAUUUUAUGACUUAAGAUGUAUAGUAAUUACUUUAUUUUACUGUUUUAACAGCUCUACAUGAUUAUUUCAUAAUUAAGUAGCUUCUGUAUAUUGUGCUGUUUUGGGAUUACCUUUUUUUUUUAAGUGUUAAGAUGUUCAUGGUAUUUUAACUGCAAAAAAACAAAACAUUUCAUACAAACUGUUGUAAAACGUAAUUUAGUCAAUAUUUAACCAGCUAGUCAUUCAUUUCUCAUUCUGUAUGGUUACAAUGUACGACACACCACAUCACGGCUGUUUAGGGCUGUUCUAAAGCCACUUACACCUUCUGCUGUGAUUGAAUUCAUUUAAAAAUUCAGUGUUUAGGCAUAUCUAACAGUGCACUUUCCAAAAAUGUAAAAAUUUGCUAUUUUUGCAUAAAUAAAUUCAACACAUGAAUGUC